AUGGUGGACCAGAAAGAGUUAGAGGAUCAUCCCUCUCCGACUUCAGUGAUUACCGUGCGGAUUCCCCUUCAGCCCAAUCCGCCAUGUGACCAGUCGCAUGAAGAUCCCACAACGGUGCCUCUUCCCCCUUCACCAGUGUCGCCGCUAGCUACCCCUCCCCCUAUACUGUUUUCGCCCGCACACGAGGCGGACCCUAACGUGGGGCCAGAGCCAGAGCUAGGUGAGCUAGGUGAGUUUGGUGGCUCGGGCCGUUCCAGUCCCAUGUUUAUGGCCAACCUCCUUGAGUUUGACUCACUCCGCGCAACUACAGCUCCCACGAUGCCCGUCUCCAAGGAUGUUGAUGUUGCUCCUCAAGUCUUCUUUGAGGACUUUGCUAUUCGAUACCGCCAGAGCCAGCGCAAACAGGCUCAGAGGAAACGACUUGAAAAGCGUCUGCGGGCCAUCAAGGUCUCUAUCGGUGUUUCUGCGCGCUUGAUUCGCAUUGGUAGUACUGUUCAGAGGGGUCUAGUCGAAGCUCUCAAACAGGAUGACAAGGCUAACUUCGCUGCCCUUUAUCAUAUGCUCUAUGAUCUUCAGGAGUCCUGUUCUUCCAUCUCGGAAUGCGAUAACCAUGAUGAACUAGAAUCCUCGCAUGAGAUGAAUCAUUCCUCGGAUUUCUUUCAUCAGCUUAGCCCCCAGUCUCGUUCAGACCUGCUGGAUAUUCUGCGACUGGUUCGUUCUGACCCACAGUUCUUGGUCGACCGUCUACGCAGCCUGACCCCUUCUCAACUUGCCACUUUGACUGCCCCGGCCACCACUUUGGACCCCGGUGACCCUGCUUUUCCUUCUUCUUCUUCUUCUUCCCGCCCUCGGGGUCAAUAUCCUUUUAAUCGAACCUAUGUCCAGACCGCCUCCUUUAAGGACCACGCGUAUGCUUUUGAAAGGACCGAUCCACUGUCAAUAUUGCUUUGUAACGUUUAUGCCGCGCCAAUGGAGCCAGAGUCGCCGGAAGCGAGAUUGCAGAUGGAAACAUGGUCGUCCGUCUGUGCCCAACUAAUGAGCCACGGUAGCAGUAGAUUCUACCCUCUUAUUGGCCAGAUUCUUUCCUCAUGGGCCGCUGGCAGCAACUGGAAAGCUCGCCCCAAGUUUGAGCUCUACCUCAUGGAUAUCCUGCAGACCGGAGCGUUUCUACUGGAACCUAUAGAUGCCCCUGCCGGGCUGGACUUUUCCACAAGUACAUUGGAUCCUCUCCGAACGGAAGUGGCCGAGGAGUUUUUUGCUUCCGCCGUGGAUGAUUUGUUCCGAGUUCUGGAUGAUCCCGAUGGUGGCUUUCCUUGCACUGUCUUGAAGUUUGCCAAAGCUGUUCUGGGGAAAUUGAAUAACCCUGAGAGCCGCAGCCGAUUUAUUGAGUAUUUGUUUUUACAGUGGUUCUUUCCCAAGUUCCUCUACAGCGCUUUGACAUACCCCGAGACAUUUGGUCUGCUACUCGACUUUUAUAUCUGCAAAGAUGCUCGUGAUAAACUACUUAACCAAGUUGGAUUGCGGGCCUACUCUCAAGUAUUUGCGGUUUUACGCUCUAUGCCCAAUUUCUCAAUUCUUCGUCUCUCAGUCAGGGAAAGAGUUGAAAAUAUGCUUUCACGAUUCAACACGGCUUCCGCUGAUCCUACGGCUCCUGAUCCUUCAGCUCCAUUAUCCGAUUGCCCGAACCAUCGCAACUCCUCGAAAUUCUUGUUGUUGUCUUCCACGGAUAUGCUUACUAUAAUAGACGCCCUCUACCCAACGUGUUAUUCCUCGCAUCAUACCUCUCCUUCCUCCGUCGGAAUCCAUUCCUGGUCGUUCAAUAUCCCAAGACCCUAUAGUCCUCGAUUGGAGCCGUUUACGGAGCCCAAUGUUGUACGUUCAAAUCAUAAUACCAGUCCACGGCCUACUUCCCAAAAUGGAUCUAUCCUUUCCAUGGAGUCUUUAUCCGGCUCUGCCUCUGUUCCUGAGCCUGGGCCUGGACAAAUUGCUUCUCGCAUCCGCUUUGAGUUGACAGAUCUGGACGAUCUGAACGAGCGACCGAAGCUGGAGCACCCCUCCGAUGAGCACUGGGCGAUAUUUUCCAUCUCCAAAGAUGGCAGAGGUUUGACCUGGAGCUUACUACCAGACUGGGAAGCUGGCUCGGCAGAGGUCUCGGGUAUAGAAAGUGAUGAUGAUACACAAUCUACUACCUUGGGCCUUGAAGACAAUCACGAGGCUUUGCAGACAGCUAUUGUUCGGCUAAUCAAGGAAGACCACGUUUAUUAUUAUGAUGAUUAUGAUCGGCUGUCUAGUUCUGCACAGCGAGAUCCCAUGUCAUUAAAGAACCGGUUCUAUCGAGCCAUGGCUGCUGCCCAUAAUAGUUUUGACUUUGUGGGGGAGCACUACUGGUGGAAUUCGUCACAGCAGCUACGGCAUGGGCGCGCUGGAGAGUCAUCCCCUGUCGCUCCUGAUUCAUGGAUUCUACAGCCUAUGCAUGACUCCAGCGUUCGCUCCUUGGACAAGUCACGAGCCGUCAUUGAGCGCUGUGAGCAAGACUCGGUGUCUCUGGAUCAGAGUCUUCGGCGACUUCAAAGCCAGAUCAAGGAGCUUAUGGCCACUGUUUCAAAGGUUCGCAAUAAAAUGUGGUACAUGACAGAUGUCAAGAACUCCAACAGAUACGAAGAAGCCAGGCAUGUGGCAAUGGCCCUCAAAACGAUGAUCUACUCUCCACGAUCCAGUGCCGCGAUGCCUGACGAAUCGAGAUCUCGCAGCGGACCUCGAUCAUUGGGGGGAUCCCUCUUCCAGAAGCCUGAGCUGCAAGUCAUGAACAUGAUGAGAGCACCAAACAGCCAAGGUGGCCCGAAGAAACUAUCAGACGAGCAGGUUGAGCUCACACGCAAGUGGCUGUCUCACAAUGCGAUCGAAAACUUUUGCAAAGGCGAGGAGAGGAUCCACCGGUUCUGCUAUGAAGUACGUGCUAGCAUCACCCGUCUUGUCGGUGAGACCAUGGCAGAGACACCGGUAUUGUGGGCGAGCGAGUUAUUCCAGAAAGAACGGACCAGAUACGAAGGCUACGGUGCUCGCACCUUUCCUGGAAUCCCCAUGGCGACAACUCCUCGCUCCUCGACGACUACUAGUGAGGAUCCGCUGCAUUCAUCACAUAUCCACAGUCCCGGAUCCUCCAUCCCCGAAUCGCUGUCUCGGUUUUCUCAGGAUAUUCCGUCAUUGGAACACAAGCCGUCCAUCCAGAGUUUAAUGUCUGACAGCUGGAGACUGCAACGGGAAGUACCUUCCAUUGAUGUAAGCUCUGUCGGAGGAUCGCCCACUCGUGCCGCGUCUACUUCAACCGGUGAUACCUACAGCACGUUCUGGUCUGCACCUUUUCGCCAUCAAAUGUACGCCGCCAGCGUCUCAAGCGCAUACUCCCGACCUCCGUCAAUGUUUAGUGAUACCGGAGCACGGCAUCUUCGCCGUUCCGACCGUAAGACCCAGGGAAAGACUGCUUUCAUAGACAGUCUGAAGCAGACGCUUACCAGUCUCCUUCUGAGCGAUCUCGGUUCUCCGGUUUGGAGCUGCGGCAGUGAGACAGAUGCGUGGUUUGCCAAUACCAUUGACCAGAACCGCAUCCGGAUGGAGAUGCAAAGGCGGGCUGCUGUGCAGAACUUCUACUCUCGCUAUGACGAACGGGCCAAGCAUCUUCGUGAGCAGCGUCGGCCUACAGGGGCUCGCCGGAGCAGGUCUCUCGAUACCCCAAGUCUGCGUACGCGCAAAAACCAGGAUAACGGGGCUUCUUAUAAUUCCGAAGAAGAAUCAUCGACUAAAGAUGAUAGGCCAGAGUUCUCCUACAAGACAGUCUUCUACCGUUUGAUUGAGGUAUUCUCGCGCCAUGGUAAUCCGUUUGUCAAACUUGACGCACUUCGAGAUCUGAGAUCGUUGGUCGUGGCCUCGUUGAUCUCAGGACCGGACGCUUCUUCUUCUAAUAUGGCGGGUGUGAGACCCGUGUCUCCUGAGACAGACAGGGUGCGUGACAACUGCCCUAGAUCACGCACCAGUGCAACGCGCCACAGCUUCUCGGCGCGCUGUGCAACUACAAACUCACAGAUUGGCACGGCGCCGGCCACGGCGCCGGAGUUUAGCGCCCGUACAUCUCACAGAUCCGAACCGUCCGAUGAACAAAUAGUCACCGCCCUCCGUGAAUUGAUCCUGGAUGUCAAGCCCAAGACGCUCUUCCGGGAUCUUCAGUUCAUCUCGGCUUUCGUUCCUGCGGACCAACUCAACAACACCGACCACGGCACAGCUUUCCUUCAGUUUGGCCUUGCUGCGCUGAGCCUCAAGGACGAGGUAUGUCACAGUAUGGUUGAAAUCGCGGACCGGAUCGUGUCUCGGGAGUUUAUGCGACGACAUCCACCUGAAUCGGAAUUCUACCCGCGACCAAGCCAUGCUAUCGAAGAUGCAGCGGCCAUGUGGAUCAUCACCGCCAAAGAAGGCAACGCAGUCGCACAACGUGAGCUGGCCAUAUUAUACCUCACCCACCCCGAGAUGCUCCCCCGUGUAACUCUUCCACUUACUCGGCCACGGGAUACCUUCAAAGCGGAGAUGAUGUACAGACGUGGUAAGGACCCCAAGUUUGACCCACAGAGUAUGUGUCUGGCACUGCACUGGAUGCAGCUGUCAGCAGCAGGAGGUGAUAUAUUGGCAUGUAAUCGACUCCGUGAGCGUGAAGAGUUCGAUUCUAUAGCGUGA